AUGGUGGCCAUACGAUGGGGCAGCCUCGUAGUUCGGGCUACUUGUUUCACAUCAUCACUUAGAGGCCCAUGCCGCGAGAAAGCAAUUGCAGCCGAGCACUCACUGGAAGCAGCCAAGGCGCUCCAAGGCUGCUUGGAUGUCCCUAAAAUCAUCGCCAACACGUUCAAUAACGCCCAGCGAGUGUCUGUGACAGCGCAGAAGAGGGUAGCUGCGACUGGCUUGGCCACAUCCACCUACCAUUUUGACCACCAGGGAAAGCGGGGAUUCUCCCAGUUCAUCAACAACUACUACGAUGAUGAGGGCUGGUGGGCGCUCGCCCUGAUCAGGUCGUGGGACGUAACCCACGACCAGGCCUACCUCGACAUGGCCGAGCGCAUCUUUGAGGACAUGCAAGCUGGCACGGACGAUAGGUGUGGCGGCGGUAUUUGGUGGAGCAAGGAGAAGCAGUACAAGAACGCCAUCGCAAAUGAGUUGUACCUCAGCGUGGCUGCCAGCCUCGCCAACCGCAUCCCCGACAAGAAACAGAGGUACGAGCAACUCGCCAAGGACGAGUGGGUGUGGUUCAAGGACAGCGGGAUGAUCAACAAGAACAACCUCAUCAACGACGGGCUCGCCAUCGACGUCAACGGCAGAUGCACCAACAACGGCCUGACCACGUGGUCGUACAAUCAGGGCGUCGUGCUGGGCGGCCUGGUCGAGCUCGCCAACGCCACGGGCGACCCGUCGUACCUGGGUGAGGCGACGGCCAUCGCGAAAGCAGCUGUCGAGCUUCUCAGCGACGAAAAUGGCAUCAUUCGCGAGGCGGACCGGUGCGAGCCCGACUGUGGUGCAGACGGCAGCCAGUUCAAGGGCAUCUUCGUGCGCAACUUGCAUUACCUGCAGCGAGCGGCUCCACAGGAUGCAUUCCGGACGGCGAUCCAGAAGAAUGCCGACUCAAUCUGGGCGAAUAACCGGAACGGCAAGAACCAAUUCGGCAUCCAGUGGGCCGGGCCGGCAGACGUGGGUAACGGACCGAACGCUGCGACGCAUAGCUCGGCGAUGGACGUGAUCGUUGCGGCGUUGGCGAUUGGCCGGCAGGGUCGGUUUAGAUAA